AUGGCUGGGGGAUCGCUGUCGGGUCGGAAUCAAUCGGGAGAAUGGGUGACAUGCUCCAAGUGCGCCCUGAGACCAUCCUACACUCCAGCAUUUGGAGCGACAGGAUCCUUUCGGUCAGCCGGUCCGAUUCCCGAGGAUGCGCCGAAGGUGAUCAAGGACUUAGGGCCUCACAACAUCACGGAGACAGAGGCCAGGGAGCACCUCACGACCAAAGACGCUGGAUUGGCCGGAGCCGAGGAGUCACUUCAGAGGAGACUCUCAGAGAACCAGAAACUUCGGGAGGUCAGCAUCCGGACUCGGGGCAAAGACCUCCUCGUACAGGAAGCUGAGAAGGCGACAGUCACAAAGAUGCCCGUUCGUCCUUCUGAAGCCAGCUCGAACACCAAACAGCCGGACGCAGAUGAGGGGAGGCGAGUACGAAGCUACACCUCCGCCGACCUCAAGUCAAGAGAAGUUCGCCUGAGCUCCCAGUCGACACCCCUGGAGAAGGCGCUGUACUAUCAGAGCGCCGGACAAUGGGAUCCGGAAGCUCUUCGCCGCCUUCGGCGAGAGCCGCCCGAGAGCGGGUGCCGCGUUUCUGUGGUAACCCCCACGACCAGCCGACGAUCAAAGUUUCACCCCCAGCUCUGGGAAUGCUUCGCUGCCCAAAGUUGGCGCGACAAGGAGCUGGUGGUACUCGAAACCCACCAGGGCCGCGCCCGGCCCUCUGAGUUUUUCCAUUCCCUGGGCUGCGAGAACGUGGUCUACGUUUCCCUGGAAGGUGAUUGCAGCAUCGGCUGCAAGAGAAACCUUGGGAUUUUCCUAGCAUCGGGUCAGGUGAUUGUCAAUUUUGAUGACGAUGACAUCUAUGGGCCCGGCUACAUCUCAUCCAUGGUGCAAGUGCUGCAGAGGAAGAACCUCGUGGCGCUCACGCUGAGUGCGUGGUACGACUUCGACACGCGACUGAACCGAUGCGGCUUCGUCGAUCCCGAGGCGCUGACGGAUCUGGACCUUGCUGCUACCAAUGUCUCAGCCAUGGCCAAAACUGAACUCCAACGACUUCGCAGGUCGGGGGUGGAAGGCGCAGUCUACGGCUACGGCUUCUCCUACGUGCACCUGCGCGAGCCCGCGCUUCAGCACCCGUAUCCGGACACGAAGAUGUGCGAGGACGUCAACUUCAUGCUCCAGCUGCGAGACGCCUUCGGCCCCCGGGUCGGCCUACACAGGGACGUGGAGGGCGUGUGCCUCCAUGUCAUGCACGGCGGGAACACCGCCGACUCCAUGCUGCACCGCGCGGUGUCCGCCCAGGAGAUGGCCAAGCUGAAUGUCUGCAAGCUGGCGUCAGUGGCCACGCUGGCCAAGAAGGUGCAGAAGGAGCUGGAGCGGCCUGGACGAUUCUUCGUGCACGCCUCCACUGCCGAGGCGAUGCAGCAGUUUCAGGCAAACGUCGAACAGGACGUCCGCUUCACAGUCCGAUGCCUUGCAAAGGGCAUGUCUCUGAAGGACCUCCACCAGGAAACCGAACUGGAGGCGACGUGGUAA